GAGUAAUGUACAGGAAAAGGCAGCAGCGAUCUCUGGUCCAUCCUCGUCUGACAGCUGCUUCUUCAAGCCUUUGUUGCCAGGGAUACUUCUCCAUGGAGAUGCACUCCCACAUGUAGGGGCGGGCCUUCAGAGAGAGGAGACCCUCAGGUGUAUGGAGCGGCAAGGACUGAAGAAGGGCAACGCCUAGCUUGGAGAUAAAAGUCAACAGAGAAAAGGAUGGGGUAUGACUUGGAGAGGUUUGUGGGCUACGUGAACGAGGGGCUGCUGUGCUGUGUGUGUCGAGACGUGCUGGAGCGGCCCCUCCAGGCGCCCUGUGAACACGCCUUCUGCAGCGCCUGCAUCAGCAGCUGGCUGCUCCAUCACCACACCUGUCCAGAGGAUAGACAGCCACUGGAUGUGGGCGGUCUCAAACCUCUGUACAGGUACAUGCGUAACGACCUGAGCCGUCUGCAGAUCCGUUGUGUGAAUGCAGGACACGGGUGUGACGCCGUGUGCUCGCUGGAGAGUCUGCAUGCCCACGAGGAUGAGUGCGACUACGCUUUUGUGUCAUGCUCUAACCCCGGUUGUCCCGCCCAGGUAGAGAGGCGUGGGUUGGAGGAGCACCUGUCCGAAUGUAGCUUCUGCAGCAGAGAGUGUCCAUACGGCUGCGGCCACACCCUUCUCUCCACCGAGCAGCCGCAUCACAACUGUGUGGCAGAGUUGCGCACUGAAGUGGAGAUGCUGCGGGUGGAGAUGCUGUGCAAGGUGGAGGAGGUGAGACGGGAGAUGGAGUCUCGGUUGGACUCGCAGAGGAGACACAUGGUGCAGAAAGAGUCGCAGCUGAAGAACGAAGUGGAGGAGGUGAAGGGCCAGUUGUCCCGUGUGAUGGCGGACAUGCGUGCGCUUCUUGGAGCAGAGCGCCUAAGGAGACAGGAGUUGGCAGAGGUGGAGCUGGAGAAGCAGGAAUUGUUGGAGCUUCUCAGGGACCUACACCCUGCCAAGAGUCAGCAGUCUGUGAAACAGGUGGGCAGAGAGAACCUUCAGGAGAGUCCUCAACAGAGCCCUGCAUGGGAAGCCACCUACGAGUCAUUGAGGCACCAGAGAAGGGAGAUUUCCUUCAAUCUUUCCAGUCCAUCACUUCAAUCACCGUUGGAUGCAUCAACUUCUCCUGCUUCGCCUCAGCUGAGCGAUGGAGCGUGCAGGAGUGGAACCAGGAGUGUGACGCUGGACUGCAUCAAGAGGAAGAGUCGGGAGGUCACAGUCAUCUGACAAGACUGCAAUGAAGAUCAGCCAAAUAAUAAGGACACAUUUGAACUUCAAAACCCAAAACCAGUGAAGUUGGCACGUUGUGUAAUUCGUAAAUAAAAACAGAAUACAAUGACUUGCAAAUCCUUUUCAACUUAUAUUCAAUUGAAUAGACUGCAAAGACAAGAUAUUUAAUGUUCGAACUGAGAAACUUAAUUUUUUUUGGCAAAUAAUCGGUAACUCAGAAUUUAAUGGCAGCAACACAAAAAUUGGCACAGGGGCAUUUUUACCUGGGUUACAUGGCCUUUCCUUUUAACAACACUCAGUAAACGUUUGGGAACUGAGGAGACACAUUUUUUAAGCUUCUCAGGUGGAAUUAUUUCCCAUUCUUGCUUGAUGUACAUCUUAAGUUGUUCAACAGUCCAGAGUCUCCGUUGUGGUAUUUUGUCAAUGGGAGACAGGUCUGGACUACAGACAGGCGAGUCUAGUACCCGCACUCUUUUACUAUGAAGCCACGCUGUUGUAACACGUGGCUUGGCUUGCUGAAAUAAGCAGGGGCGUCCAUGAAAAAGACAUUGCUUGGAUGGCAACAUAUGUUGCUCCAAAACCUGUAUGGGGAACAAAGUGGUGACCCUCGCCCCAUCCUUGUUUAUGAAUGACUGAGCAUUUCAUAGACACUGCUUUUAUACCCACUCAUGGCAUCCACCUGUUCCCAAUUAGCCUGUUCACCUGUGUGAUGUUCCAAAUAAGUGUUUGAUGAGCAUUCCUCAACUUCCUCAGUCUUUUUUGCCACUUGUGCCAGCUUUUUUGAAACAUGUUGCAGGCAUCAAAUUCCAAAUGAACUAAUAUUUAUAAAAAAUUAAGUUUUCCAGUUCGAACGUUGAAUAUCUUGUCUUGGCAGUCUAUUCA